AAUUCGAGCUAGACAUUUCAGGCACACAACAUGCACGUACAGCAUUAAAAUUCAUUGUUAUUCCUUCACGCUAGAUAACCUCUCAAUGUGUUACUGACAUUUACAGUUCCUUUUAUUCAAAUCACUGUUUGGGUGGAGGCCUUCUGAGUUGAUGGGAUUCAGCGUGGAAGGACGAUUGAACUUAGCGUGUGCGUAUCAAAUCUAGAAUAUUCUACUGUUGUGCUUCGAUGAAAAGGGACCGCGGGACUAUUAUUUUGUGAUCGAGGGCUUACUGGGUUGUCUGCGGAUCCCAUUAUCAGCUGAGGAAUGCAUUUCCAUUAGAAGGUGCGAUGAAGCUGCGACAUCGCGUCUAUGAUCAGCCAUGGGAAAAGUGAAGUUGUUGGUGAACACAAAGUUGCUCUUCUGGUGUACAAUCUGCUCAGCAUUUUCUUUUAAGACAGAAGCAAAUAUUGCAGUUUGUUCUCCAUCCAACACCAGCAUCGCAAUUGAUGCUGAGUCACCAGCCACGAUAUCAAAACCUACAUUCCCAGAUGGCUCUGGCAGAACUUCCUGCAUCUGGCAAAUCCAAGCUCCGGAGAACUUCCGACUGGCAAUCACGAUUGAAGCCCUGAAUCUGAACGGUGCUGACGAUUAUUUGGCCAUUCGUGAUGGUGCGAGUAGAUUCAGCCCUCUUAUUGGCAAAUAUGGACCAUGUGCAAAAGGCUCUCUUACGCUUGUGUCCAGUGGGAGAUCAGCUUUUCUUCAAUUAGAGUCAGCUGUGUACAAGAACACCGACGAAAUAAAAAUCUCAUACAGUCCAACUGAUCCUGACGACGUCAACUGCGAAAAUGGUAAAGAUCCACCAGACAUAUGUGGCAUAAACACUGAGCUAAGAGGGCUCUCGGGUUUUAUAACGAGUCCUAACUUUCCCAGCAAUUAUGACGCUAAUGAAGUAUGCUUAUGGACAAUUGUUGCUCCUCCUGGGUACCGAGUGCAGUUUUCUAUUCAUUUUCUUGGCAUUGAAGAUCACCGAUAUUCUCGCCCAGGAAGUUGUGGCGAUGACAGCAUUUCUGUCAGCGAGUAUCGUGGGAACUCCACCAAAGACAUCAGCACAUUCUGUGGCUGUAAGAGCUUAUUUUCAUUUGUUUCCCAAGAGGAGAAAAUGUUUUUGACAUUCAGGAGUUAUAAGAGGAACAACUGGCCGGGUUUUUAUGCCAGCUACAAAGCUUUAGCUCCUGAUGACUGUCCUCCAGGUGAACUGGACUGCCCCCGAAAGGACGUUGAGCAGAUUGCUUUCAAUGCUCAAGGUCAGGUGUGCACAAUAAUACCAAAAAACAAGAGCUCUCAAGUGGAUGUAAAAAGGCCAUCAUCAGCCAUAACGAGUUCUUCAUCAAGGUCAUCUGGGCUAGCUUCAUCCAGAGCAACUUCGAAAUAUAGAACUUCUUCCAAAAAAACACAGGAGAAUAUCUACUCGUCCCCUCUUUCGCCCAGCUUUAGUUUAUCGACAAGUCAGCCGACUGUGCAUAUACUGGUAACAUCCCCCUUUUUGCUGAGAUCAAUGAAAAGCGAACACAUCACCAUUUCUGACAGCCUUUCAAGUUAUUCGAUGCAUACUUCCAUUCAAGCUGCCGUGUCUCCCAAUAGGUCAGAAACCGCGUUUGGAAAGACAGUUGAUGGUGAUGAUAUACGUCCCAUUGGCCAAUUAAAAAAUUCAAGGCAUUUUUCGUUGUCUGUCAGUGACGUUGAGACAAGUCCUUUUAUAACGUCAUCCCGUGGAACAGAGGUUGUUGCAUCGUCAGGCUUAUAUCAGAGCAAAUCUAAAACGCGUGAGACCCAGAGUGACCAUAUCACACCGAGUAAAACAGGUGACUCGGCAGCAUUUCGCUCAUCAGAAACCACUCUAAAACAGCCAAGUACCCGAGACCCACCCAUUACAAUAACGGAAAACCCUUUAAGAGGCUUGGCAGUAAAAUGUUCUCAGAUGGGCAUGGAGGUGACCAUAUCAAGAAUUCUGCUACCAUAUCUUGACAUAAAUUCGGUCCAUUUAGACGAUCCCUCAUGCAAGGUCUCUUUCGUUAAUAACACACUUGCUGUGUUGAGUGCUCCGCUGGAAGAAUGUGGAACCCAGAAUAGUGAAUCAUCAGACUACAUAAUCUAUCAGAAUACUAUGACAGGAGAUGAAAAGUCUUCUACUACAAACACUACUAUUACAAGGGAUGGAAAAAUUAAAUUUGAGUUCCAAUGUUCGUUUAGAAAGCUUCAAGUCCUGUCCAUUGUUUCGUACUCAACAAGUCGAAAGGUCAUCCACGUUAAAGAUGGUGACGGUGUUGGUAACUUCACCUUUGAAAUGAAUAUGUUUGAAGAUUCGAAGUACAACAUAGAGGUCAAGCAGUACCCCUUGGUCGUGUAUCCUGGCCAACCGAUGUACUUGCAGGUCAAUGUCCAAGCUCUUGAUCGAAACCUUUUAACUUUCUUGGAAGAAUGCUGGGUCACACCAUCGACAGAUCCUCGUGACAAAACCAGGCAUACGAUUAUCCAACACGGCUGUUCCCGUGAUUCCACAUUGCAGUACGAUUACAAAAAAUCUCCUAUGCAAAAUUUCACCUUCAAAGCAUUUCAAUUCCGCGAAGUCCCCUCUGAAAGACUUUACGUGCAUUGUCAAGUGGUGACUUGCAGAGAGUCGGACACAGGUUCGGUCUGUGAUAGAGGAUGCAUAAAGAACGGAAGACGUAGGAGAGAAAACAGAGCUUUCAUCAUGGACAAAGAGGUGUUUUUAUCACUGGGGCCUGUUAGUCGUCAGGAACAAGACAAAGCGUCAGAGCACCACGAUCUCCUCGUUUAUGUCAAGGCCCUGGCUUGGAUUUUUGGAACCUUAGCCGUAAUUCUUGCUACUGCAAUGAUAAUUUUGAUCCUUAAAAGAAGAAAGCGUAACGAAGACAAAAACAACGCCCAGAUCCUAUUUGCUCUCAGAAAGAACGGUGCACAGGAAGGAGAGGAAAAGCGCGCACUCAGAACAUCCCAACAGGAUACAGGAACUUGAAUUUGAAACUACUUAAGAUGAUUAACAAUUUUAUAUGACCAAGGUCAUAUUUAAAAGCUCAAAAUUUAGACCAGAGCCGCGGUUUUUUCCCGAAAAGGAUGAAACUGGACGUUGCAUUGUUUUGAGCUCAGAGGAUCAGAGAGACAAAGCUUUUAAAGCUUUCGUCACAUAUCGGUCGGGUUAUUGUUGGUCAGCAGACUUUUCGUUGGCAACCAAUUUAUUUAGUGUUUCAGAGUUAAAAACCUUUUUAUUCAAGAUGAGCGAAUUCGGCAUUUAAACAAAAAGCUUGUAAAAUUGUAGUAAGUAUCAGCUAAUUCAGUUCUAAUCUUUUAAGGAAUAGAAUGACUUUAAACGAAGACUCAAUAAUAGUCUCAUACAGUCUUACAAAAUGAUGCAAUACCCAUUAGGUCGUCAAGUUAUGAAUAAAACUUUAUAGAUCGUAAACAAGCAAUAAUCUAUCGCUUCCCUAGACCUUUACUCUGAAUACACGAUGACGACUGACCUGCGUGGAGUGCAUUCUGAUCAGAAAUUAUGUGUGAUUUGAAAUCACAAGUAUGAUUUCAGACCCAUAUAUCACGACGUGAAGUUAAAAAGCCACUUUACCUCUUCCAUUUUGAAAUCGCAAUAUCCAAUCUCUCUAAUAAAGGAUUUUUAGUGUUUUUUAUUGAUUCAGCACUGAGCUGGUGUGUAAAAAGUUACCAAGGUCGUCUUUCGUUUUUCUACAAUCUGAUUGGUUUCUUUAAUCAAGCCUUCAAAUCUGAUUGGUUGAUGCGUUUAAGUAAAACUUUAUCAUUGGCUGGAAAAAGAUGCGAUUUGGAGCAAAAAGUGGUGUGAUUCCGAAUUUAUCGAACUAAUGGCGCAUUUUCGCGAAUUUGACAAAAAAUAUCUUGCUGUACCCUGCCCGUUAGUCACUGAAAGUUACUGAACCUACUGCUGAAUAUUUCUCCACACUUUUUAUGCUGACAUUUGCGAGAAAGAACUGCCAAGAAAUUGGUCACAAGUAAUCACCGUGAAAAUUCCUAAGAAGAUAACCUAAGAAACCAAAGUACUUUGGGAGAGGUCUUAAAAUUCUUCAGUUUUCUGUAUGGCAUGGCGAUUGGGACGAGAAUGAGCCAAAUUUUUUUUUCUUCCACAGCGAGAAAAACUCUAACAAAUCAUAACUCAUGGUCAAUGUAUUUUGAAAGUUCAUUAAUUUUAUUCCACAGGCGAUCGAAUUGUAUAUACGAAUCAUGAUGAAGGAAAAUUUCAUAUCAUUUUAAUUAUUAUUUUCAGUGGAUGAUCCACUUCACAAAUUCAUCUGUUAUCGAUCGCCUACUGUAUUAUAAUUGGUAGCAAUGAUAACUAAGUCUAGUACAUUUCGGUAAAAUCUAACCGACAGAAAAACACUACAAUCCCAAAAACUAAACUACUUUAUUAAACAGCGAGUAAUGUUCUUAACAAGGAUCGACUCCUUAAAGCAGUACAAUACUUGUCGUUAAUAAACUAAUCAAGCCCACUACAGUCUAUAUCCUAGCUCACCACUGACAAAAUCUCACUGCUGUCUCCAAAGUUCCUUGAGGUGAGCUAUCUUCCGCUUGAGCUAGCUUUCAAAACAGUCGUCGCUCCAACAACAACAACAACCACUGCUACUGCUACAUAAGUGAGUCUUUAUAUAUAUUCGCAAAGUGUUCUGGAACAUUCCAGAAGCUUACAUAAGAACUAUUUUAGUAGUAUUACUUAAUAAAUGCGUGACUUGAUGAAAUGUUCUGGAUAGUUUUAUGGCAUGCAAGUCAGCAUGACUAAGAAAUCUGGAAAUCUCUCGAAGCUUAUAUUU